GGCGCCCUCCCUCACAGGCACCAUAUCUGACACAGGUGCGGCUGCUCGCAUACGCACUCAACAAGGAACGCAGAGGUGAAGCCUGCUGUUGCAUUCAUCGAUAUCCAGUUUCUGCGACGUCUUUCUGUUCCUGAUUUACUCCUAUCCCCGACUAAUGGAAAGGGCAUCGUGCUAGGGCCCACCGACACCAUGUCCUUCGUAAUCCUGAGAGCUACAGUCAGAUAACAAAUCAAUAUCAAAUUUAAUAGGACAGACGCAACCAGUCUCCUCUACCAAUGGCCUUCUUCCGGCAGCUGAAACUUCUUCUCUGGAAGAACGGACUGGCCGUUAUCAGACAGCCACUAUGGUCCCUGACUCUGAUCACCUGGCCUCUCAUCAUCUUCAUCAUCAUUGCUGUGACCCGGAACCAGUUCCCUCCAGUAAUAAAAGAAACAUGUUAUGCAGGACCCCGGAACCUACCCAGCGCAGGCUUCUUCCCUUUCCUGCAGACCCUCAUGUGCAACACAGACAGUACCUGUUACAACAAAUCACGCCUGGUGGACCCAGCUGCAACCAAGUCACGUCUAAGAUCUGCAAGGGAUACAAGGUCAAACCAAGUUCCAAAGAGUUCCCUGCUGGAAGACCUGUUUCAGGGGGCAGGGUUUUUCAACUUCCCUCUCCCCAACGACUCCAGGAAUGAUCCUGCAGCACUGGUUGAGGCCUUUAACAACAUUUUUGGUCCAUCUUUCCAGGGAAGCUCUAAUGUAUCUCUCAUGAACGCCUUGAAUACCAGUCUUCUGGGAGAUCAGGAGACCAUAAACAAAAUGCUGGAGUCAGUGAACCUGUUGAAGAGAGCCAUCUGCACCAUGACACUGCCCAUGAUGAACACAACCUCACCCAACCCCCUCUGCUAUGCUGUGGUCACUUUCUGCAGGUCUAACAACACUGUGUUUGAAGUCUCGCUCAGCACACUCAACCAGAUACUGAAAGAGCUGAUGCUGGAAAAACCAGAUAAGAUGAUGACGGUGGCUGAGGCAGCGGUGGCUGCUUUCAAUCAGCUGCAAAGUCAGACCUCACUGUGGGAAAGCCUUCUUGCCAUUCCCCAGCUCUCCUCCUCUGGUUCCGUUGACCAGGUGCUGGACACCGCAGGGGCCCUACUGACCAACAUACAGGGUGCUAUGCACGUCAUUCAGAGCAAUUUCCCUGAAGCCAGUGCCUCACUUUCCAUUGUGCAUCCACUCCUUGCUGGAGGCAUCAACAUGAUCCACUAUGCUCAAAACUGGCCUGGCAAAGAUGUGUCCAUUACCCUUGGCGAGGUUGUGACGUUGCCAAAUAACUCACUGAGUGAAAUGGUAACAGGUGUUCUACAAGAAAUGAAAAUCCCACUGCAUAAGGCUAUCGGCCUGACAUUGGACAGAGACAUGGUGUAUUUGUACUUGUGUAACAAGAGCAGUAACCCACUGUGGCUAAAAGCAGCAUGUGGUACAGGCACCGUGGACAUGCUUCUGGGCUGGAUCAGCCCUGAAAAGGUGGCAAAGCAGGCUCUCCUGGUAUGGAGUAAGCACGUUGCUCCGAGUGAUGUGUCCUUUGCCAAAGGGCUGCUGCAUAGUCUGAUGGGAGGUUCAUCCCCAGGAGGACAGGGAGGCUCUAACUUCACGAGGACCCGGCGUAGCGUGGAUACUCCACCACAAAACAUUGACGAGGAGCUCUUUUUGGGUGUCGGUCAAGUGGUGAUGGAGAUUAUAAAAAUGGUGCCAGAGCUGGAUAUGGUUGUCCAGAGUGUCCUCAGAACUGGCUUUCAGUCCAUGAAAUCAGCAACAGUGGCCCUUGAUACUGUAGAAGGAAUGAUGGCCAAUGUCCUUAAAGAUGCAGAUAAACUUCAAAUGACUUAUCUAACAUUGCUGACAAACCAGUCUGGGGCAAGCGUUUGGAUUAGUCAUGUCCUGGACAGCGUGAUGGAAGUUAUUAAAAAGAUUCUGUCAACUGAGUCUUUAACAUGUGAGGGUCUCUUGGGUCCCUUUGAGUGGCUCUUAAACACAGAGAGCAUAAAGAUCGAGGUGUGGAGAUCAGUGGUUUGUCAGAACAGCUCCGCUCUACAGCAAGCGAUACUAAUGGACUGGCUGCCGUUGGUUCAGAAGGCACAAGAAGUGUACACUGCUCUCACAGACCGAGAAGACUACAACGUGACACUCCCCAUGAUUCUCUCUGAGUGGCACAAACUGUACAAUAACAGUAUGCAGGUUGCCGGGCUUUCAUACAGCCUGGCAAAAGAGCUAGGUGGAGAAAAUUGGAUGAACUGGAUGCCAGACAACAGCAGUCAAGAUGUUACUGAAACUCUUCAACAAAGUGUUUCCUUGUUCAUGGUGAAUUUUGGAGAAAAGAUUGAGAAGAGUCAGCUGUGGCCAGAGGUAAAGGACUAUUUCCACAUGGUUUUCUGGAUUUUAAACUACAGCCCUAAUGUCACGACUCAGCCAGCAAACUGUUCUAUUAACAUCAACGACUCAGCCAUUCAUUGUGAUACUGGUUUGAAAUGGCCACAGUUUGUUCAAGUGAUGACUCAGGCUCUGAUGUCACCCAACCAAGAAUUCCUGGUGAAUUGUCUCAAAGGAUCUGUGCAUCUGUUGCAGCAUGUGUUAGGUGACACUUAUAAAGAAAUGGCAGCAUCAUUUUUGAAACAAGAAAUGAAAGGUGGAGAUGCGCUCUCUGCCUACCUGAUAAACCUGUUACAGUACCUGGAUGGCUUUGUCAAAACAAUCUCCAUGCUUCCUGACCAAAACAUUGCUAAUCCUGAUGUAAUGAUUCCCCUCAUUGGUAACCUGUUAGAGUCGGCAGGUCUGAAACCACUGCUGCCCCUGCUCCUCGGCAAUGGCCCCCUUAAUGCCUCCGCAGUGCUCGAUGUUGCCUUACAGAUUGGCAGGCUCAACCAAGGCAUUUCUACCUUCAAUGAGAAAGACCCAACGAUGCUUGAACUGGAAAAGUUGAUUAUGCAGUUUCUCUCCUUAGAGGGUAACCUCACCAUGUCUCUCUCCCACAUCAUGGGACAGACUAUGCUUAACUAUUCAGUCUACCUCCGCCCUGACGAUGUGGCCCGUCUCAGAGAAGCCAUUCAGCCUUUCACCAAUCAGACCUCAACAGGAGUUAUAGAAGCCAUCCUCAGUGCCAUGGAGCUACUAAAGACAGUGAUGGAUUCUCCAAAUGGUGAUCCAACUAAAAUCAUUCUUGGGUACAUACACCAGCUUCAGGAGUUUGUGAUGUCUCUGUAUAGACUGCAGAGAAUCCAAUAUUUUCCGUUACCAAGUGGGCAGCUUAGCGCAGCACAAAUUACUGACCUCCACCUGCUUUCCAAGGACUUUCUCAACCUUCUCACCCCAGAGAGCCUUCAGAACCUGUCUCAGGCUGGACCAGAUGCUGCCCAGAACAUUGUUGCACAGAAGCUUGUAGCAUUCCUACCACCUGAGGUCCAACAGGAAACUGCUCGCUUUCUCCAGGAUUUCAAAGCUUUUCAGUAUGAGAUGACAAAAUGUACAGCAGGCCAAAACUGUUUGGCUGGAGUCUCAGAAAUCUUCACACUUCUGGAACAGAUAUUAGACAUGACACUCUCAGCCAAUGGUAAUGUCAGCAUCAGCAUAUCUUCAACCAGCUCAGUUUUGAAGGGACAGGAGUCUGAGGAAAUUGUAUCCAUGUUCUUCCCACUCCUUCUGUCCUCUACUGAUGCUGCAAAUGUGAAAACAUUUAACCAGACUCUUCAUUUCAUCAGAUUGAUUUUGGCUACACCAAAUGUUACUGUGUCUGAUGUCCAGAAUGCUCUGCAACAGUCAAACCUAACCCUUGGGGAGCUGAACAACAUUAUUGCACUAGCUGGAGUUGCCAACAUAAACGACAUGAUUGUAAAUAUCAUGGAGAUUAUCAGUUAUCGCCAGUGUUUCGAACCACAGCAUAACCAGAUGGUGACAGCCCAGUGUGUUGUUGGACUGAUAAAUGGUGUCAGCAGAUUUCUGACACACCUACCUGCUCUCCGUAAUGAAACAGCCAUCCUCUCUCUCAUCCCGUUAAUCAUCAAUAACACAUUCAGUGAAGUCAGCCAAGUUAACUUCAGCUCCGAUGCUAGGAUGGCUGUCUCACACACCCUGAAAAGCAUCCUGGCCAACAUCAAGACAAACCUCCAGCUGAACCACCUUUACACUCCAGAGAUCAUGAAUGAAAUCAGAGUGGUAGAGGGUUUGAUACAACUGGUCGCCAACACAGAGCCAUUUAACAAUUUGAACACCUCCUUGCUGAUGAACCCCAUGUAUGCUCAGAGAGUAUAUCUGGAGAUUAUGGAAUGGUACUUGAAAAGGCUGGAAAAUAUCACAAGCACAAGCGCAGUCUCAGAGCUCCUUCAUCCCUUUUACUACCUCACACAAAUGCAAGUUGCAUUACAGCUGGCACAGGUGAAUUUCUCUGUGUUUGUCAGUGAGCAGGUCGGGACCCUGAUAAACAACCUCCAGUACCCAAUAGAUGGUGCAGGUGUAAGCAAAAUUGGCCAAACAACAGUUGAGAUUAUCCGGCAUCUAUUUGAAUUCAUGAAGGUCAACCUAGAAGCUCAGAAUAACAUCCCAGGUUCAGAGCCGUUGUUCAAUACAACCAUUCUGCAGGUCACUGAGGUCCAAAUUAAGCUAUACCUUGAUCUUAUACAGAAUUGGAUAAAACAACCCAAUGUCCCGUCAGUCCUCAGUAGUAUGUUUAAAUGGGGAGACCCCUCCAUAAAUGUCUCCACCCCUGUGACAAACCUCCAGCAGCUGCUUGAGACAACAGUUCAUUUUCUCAGUAAUGAUCAACAGGCCUAUAUCUCAAUCAUUACCAAUAUCACCAUGUCUUUGAGCAAAGCCCUAAUGGUGGCAGAGCAACCAGGUGGCCUAGAGAGUGACCACUUCUUAGCCAUUAUUUUGGAAGCAGUCCAAAGUGCUAUGCAGAUCCCGACUGCAGCCAUGGGCCCCCUACCACUCUAUGUACAGCAGAACAUCCUGGAAAUUAUGCAGGACUCUCUUAAGCUCAUUGUCCAACCAGACACAAGUUUUCCCUCAUCACUUAACAUCUCCCUCCUCAUCCUCAAGAGGUCUGAGAGUGUCAUCCAACAGAUGUUACCAGACACGUUCGCUGCAUACCUGCUUUCCGGACUCAAGGUAGCAACAACAUAUUUUGAGAGCAUCUCCGCAGCUGGUGGACCAGACAGCUGGAAUCAGUUGAUUGUGGAUGAGAUGAAAACAAUUCAGAGCCUCCUGCCAUCAAACAGCACAGCCCAGUCCUACGUCUCCAUCCUCAUUAACAUCACUCACUUCAUCUUGGAGUCUGGCCAAGGAAACAUGAGUCUCUGGGCAGGUUUUCAGAGUGCAUCAGUAGAGAAUUUGCAGAUAAUCUUUGGCCAGAUGGGCAAACUCUUAGACAUGCUUUGGCCACUUGUAAUGGAAGACCCAGACUCACAAAUAACUGCUCCAUCUCUGGAGGCCUUUGCUAAUCUUGCUCCUGUCCUGGAGCAGGUGAUGACUGGGAAGGCAGACCAAGACACAUGGGACAUGCUUGAAAAGACAUUAGAGGCCCUACUGUCAGUCCUCAAAGGAACAGAGCUGUUGGAAAGUGACCCAUCUGUUGUCACACUGUUUGAGAAAAUCAUAGGAAGUAUAGUGAGCAACAUACAAGCACAGAAUGGGAUGAUUCUAAGCCUUCAGAUGCCUGUGGUGACCCUGAUGAGAGAAAUUGCACUGUCUGUGAACACCAGUCAUUUUAACCUGUCUGAGUUCUUGGAAGGAAUGCAGCUUGCCAUUGAACGCACAGUGCAAGCAGCUGAGCAGGCUAACGGCACAUUGGAGUGCAGUAAAGUUCUCAAGGAAUGGGAGCCGGUAAGGGAGGCAGCGGGGUUAAGCUAUGCUACCAUGGCCAUGUGGUGCAACAUCAGCUUGCGGCCUGUUUUAGAGGCCUUUGCUGCUGCCCAGACCGUCUACGCUCACAUGAACAUAAGUCACAUUGGUGUGGGACCAAUGCCUGUGAGCACCACAGCUGCCAGGAUUGUCAUGGCUGUAGAAUCUCUCUACCAAGUCAACAUUAACAGCACCCUUGUGAUCGAGCAGCUCAGCAGCUCUUACUUCAGCCAGCUCUCUCAGCUUGCAGGCCAGCCUCUGAGCCCUGAGGCACAGCUUUACUGGUAUAAGCAGCUCCAAGACGUGCAGUGGCAAAACAGUUUGUCUUCCUUCAAAAAUCUCUCAGAUGAGCUGGUAAGCGUGGCCCCAUUCAUCCAGCCUUACAUUGAAGCAAUACAGGAAACACUGAGCCACAUCCUCAAAAAUUACCAUCUCAUUCAAGUCAACAACUCGUCCCGGGACCUCUUUGGAGAAGCAGCAAUGAUCUUCUUAUCCUCGGCAAACAUCAAGUCAAACAACAUCUACCCCACUAUGGAGGGAUUUUUUUCUAGACUCAAUGAAACAUCUCUUACCGACAUGAUGAGGGAAGCUGUCAAAGUGGUGAUUAACAUGAAUUUAUUUGAGAGUGAGCCUAUGCUUUCCCAAGCCUUGGAGCAAUUUCUGGCAUCCAACGACUCAAGCAUGAUUGUGCAGAAGGUGGCCAAGAUGUCUGCAUGGAUGGCCUCCACUCAAGCGUCCGGACUGGAUCUAAUGACUCAGGCUCUGCCCCAAAUCUACGACAUCCUCAGGCCUCUGUUGUCUGUUCUGACCCAGAUGAGCAUGGACAUGCCAGCAAACAUGGAGCUUUUUAAAGACCUCACUGGAAACAUAAUUGCAAUCCUGAAACAAUUUGUAAUCACCAGUGGUCUUCUUCCUCCUAUGGACUACCAUCCGAGUGUGUUUCAGCCGGAAAUGGCAGGCGGUAACCAUACGACAAGGAUCAGAAACAGACGCGAGGCCAUGUUCAUGCCAGCAAGGGACCCCAUGGAUGACUUCAUAGACAUGUUCUACAUUGACUACCCUAGCAUGUAUAAAGCCAUCUCUGUUCCUGCUACCACAACACAAAUAAUGGAGACAGUCAAUGUGUUCUUUGCCAAUCCUGAUUUGAGGGUUGUGGUGAAGGGAGCUACAAGCGACAUGCCGUGGGGCUUAAAUACAUCUCGGGAAGAGACCAUUGAUGCUGCCCUUGGGGCACUCUCCUUCUUCACUCUCCCUGGCACGUUUCAGAUGGAAUCUAUGGAUCUCCUGACGAAUGCUGUCGGCAUGCUUCCCGAUGGCUUUCCAUUCUCCUCUCUGCUUAAAAAUAUCACCAGAGCACUUGCCGGUGAAUCUGAAGAGAACCUGAUGCUCAUGCAAGAGAUCAUCCAAACAGCUGCUGAGCUCCUCCAGAUCAACCUGACGGACCCUCAAUUCACAGAGCAUUUUGGCCACCUGGGAUUCAAGGUGUGCACCUUGGAGAAAACAGAGUCUGUGCGUCUGCUGAUGUCGGUCCUCUCCGUUGAGCCUGGUCAGCUGUGUAACACUAUUCUACCCAGCCUGCAGAUGUUAGUUGAGACUCUGAUGAUGAACGGGACUUCUCUGCCCGAUGCCAUAUUCCAGACUGUCAUCGGAGAGCCUAAAACCUUCGAUGUCCACUCAGACUGGUCCUCUGUGCUGAGUCAAAGUUUAGGCUUUAACAUCAGCAUGCUGAGCUCUUUCAACAUCAACAUCACCUCCCCAGGAGUGGUGACGGUCGGUGAGAUGCUGAGGAAUAAGACAGCCUUCCUUGUGGAUGUUCAGCAACACAGUCAUUUUGAUCCAGCGACUCUCCUCCUCUUGAUGAACACCACGCUGCCAAACAGCAACUUAGAGAUCCUCUCCUGGUUCGUCAGCCUGCGUCAUUGCAGCUCCAAAGCAGCCAUGACAAUCAAAGAGACAGAUGACGUCAUCUUCAACACUUUCUGCUCCUUGUCUGCUGAAGAGUGGUACAGCUUCUCACUUCUGAUGGCUCGCCAUCUCAACAUGGAGAAAGUCAUUUACAGAAUGGUGUUGCCUGAAGAAAUUCAGAGCCUGGUGGGAGUUUUGCUCAACAUGGCUGAGGCUAUAACCAACACGAUGACCAAGAUUCUUCCUGCUGUUAGUCAACUUCAAACCUACAUGCUCUCCAUCCAAGAUCGCAACCUGGUGGCCAACAACGAGUUCAACGAAAUGGUGAGAGGACAGAGAGCCAGCAUCUCUACCAAAGCUACAUUUGUCACCCUCUCUCGAGCAUUGUGCAGUAAAGGUAUGCUGGCUCUGCUUGGAAUCUCCAAACUCCCCGUCAUGCCAGAGUCAAAUGCCUCCUUUUCCAACAACCGCCAGAGGGAGGAGAUGAUUGAGAGGUUCAAGAUUCCACAAAAUGCCAGUCCCUUCUGUAUGGACAUGUACCUGGACAUGGUCAAUACCACAGGAGGAGCCAUCGCUUGGGCCUUCCUCAAACCCAUGCUGAUGGGACACAUUCUGUAUACCCCUGACACACCUGUCACCAGGGCUAUAAUGGAGAAGGCCAAUGCCACCCUGCAGGAGUUUGCAAAUCUGAGAAAGUACUCCAAGGAAUGGAUCACGUCCUCCAACUACGUUGUAAAGUCGGCCCAAAUACUCAGCAACACGUUACCAAUGCUGCAGAAUUCCCUCAGCAAUUCCUUUGUUGUGAGUUUCAUUGAGAUGCAGACAGACAUCAAUGUCGGCACACUGAAGGAGACGCUCAGCAACUUCUCUAACAUGACCGUCAUGCUGGCAAACAACAAACACGUACUGGAUCAGAUCACCAUCUUGUCCACACUGAUGGUAAACCUCUCCUCCUGUAUCAAGUUUGACCGUUACCGUGGCUACAACUCUGCUGAUGAGCUCAAUACUGCAGCUCAGGACCUUGCCAAAAACCGUGAUCUGUACGCAAGUGUCAUCUUCAAGCUUCCCAAAGACAAGGACUCAUCCAAGAAUCGUCAGGCCAGGUCUUCCCCCUCUACAUUCUCGCUACCUCCCAAAGUCAGCUACACUAUCCGCAUGCACAUGGACAACGUCAUGCGAACAGACAAAGUUCGGGACGCCUAUUUCAUGAAAGACAACUACAUCUCGGGUGGUCGGAGAAUGCGCUACAACCGGGGCUUUAUCUACCUGCAGGAAAACAUUGAUCGCGCUAUCAUUGAGACCCAGACUGGACAGAGAAUCAUGGAGCCAGCCGUCCAGCUGCAGCCAUUCCCCUAUCCUUGCCACCCCCGGGAUGAGUACCUGGAGGCCAUCUCUUUUGUCUUCCCAAUCAUGAUGAUGAUAGCCUGGGUGCUGUUUGUUGCUGAUUUUGUAAAGAAACUGGUGCAUGAGAGGGAGCUAAGGUUGCACGAGUACAUGAAAAUGAUGGGAGUCAACCCACUCAGCCACUUCUUUGCCUGGUUCCUGGAAUGCGCCGCAUACUUGGUGGUGACCAUCUUCAUCCUCACGCUGGUGCUGAAGUACGGUGGCAUUCUGCCCAACAGUGACGGCUUCAUCCUUUUCUUGUACCUCUGCAACUAUGGUUUAAGCAUCCUGUCCUUCAGUUACCUGGUCAGCUCCUUCUUUGACAAGACCUACAUUGCCGGCCUGAGUGGCAGCCUCCUUUACAUCCUCUGCUUCUUCCCCUUCAUUGUGGUUGUGGCCCUGGAGACGAAUCUCACCUUUUCCCAGAAGAGCGCCCUGAGUUUGUUUUCCCCGACCUGUUUCAGCUAUGCCAGUCAAUACAUCUCUCGGUACGAGUCCCAAGGAGAAGGCAUUCAUUGGAGCAACUCAUACAUCUCGCCCAUUGCUGGAGACAUGGCUUCGUUCGGGUGGCUGUGCUGGCUAAUGCUCAUUGACUCGAUCCUCUACUUCCUCAUCGGGGGUUACAUCCGCAUGGUCUUCCCAGGAAACUACGGCAUUUCUGCCCCUUGGUACUUCCUUUUCAAAGCCUCCUUCUGGGCUGACCUGUGCUGUUGUGUGAAGUCGAACAUUAAGAUGGGCAGAGGACUCCUCUUCACCAACAUCAUGCAGAAAAACCAGCCUGUCUUCACAGAUGACAAGGGAAAAGGUCAGAGCACUCUUUCCUCUCAAGCCGGGGAGGAUUUCUCAAAUCUACCAGUGGGCGUUGCCCUCCAUGGUCUCAGCAAGAUCUAUGGCGACCAAGUAGCUAUUCAAAACCUUAACCUUUCCUUCUACGAGGGCCAAAUCACCUCACUGCUUGGUCACAAUGGAGCCGGCAAGACCACCACCAUGUCUCUCCUGACUGGCCUUUUCUCCCCAUCUUCGGGCACCAUCGAGGUGUACGGCAGAGACAUGCAAACCAACAUCGAGGAUGUUCGGAGAGAGCUAGGAGUGUGCAUGCAAUAUGAUGUCCUCUUUGACCACAUGACCACCAAGGAGCACCUACUGCUAUACGGACAGAUCAAAGCCCCACACUGGUCAUACAGGGAACUACUUGAACAAGUCCGCACGAUUCUAGAGGAGACAGGCAUGUACUCUCACAGACACAAGCGGGUGGGAAACCUGUCAGGAGGCAUGAAGCGCAAGCUGUCAAUCUCCAUUGCCUUCAUAGGGGGCUCUCGCUUGGUGGUUCUGGAUGAACCCACCACAGGAGUCGAUCCCUGCUCUAGGCGCAACAUCUGGGACAUUGUUACCCAGCACAAGAAACAGCGCACCAUCAUCAUGUCCACCCACCACCUGGAUGAGGCCGAAGUACUGAGCGACCGUAUCGCCUUCCUGGAGAGAGGAGGAUUAAAAUGCUGUGGAUCCCCCUUCCACCUGAAAGACAAGCUGGGUCAGGGCUACAAACUCACUCUCACCAAGAAGAUGCAGAACCUAGAAUCUGAGAAGAUAGACAAUGCUGAACUGAAGGCCUUCAUCCAAGCUCAUGUACCGGAAGCACGACUAAAGGAUGCCCAGGGAGGUGACCUGGUCUACUCACUGCCCCCCUUUACCUCAUCCAACACCUCCUCAUACCGCUCCCUCCUGACCGCGUUGGACGCCAACCUGGACGCCCUGCAGUUGGGGGGCUAUGGCAUCUCUGACACCACCCUAGAGGAGGUGUUCCUCCAUCUGACUGACAGAGAAGCUGGGGCGGAGGAUGGCCUCCUGUCUAUCUCAGAGACAGUUUCCGACACUGAUUCCAUUGACAGCUUCCCUUCAGACCCCAAUGGAAGCAUCUCAAGUUUUGAUGACAAGAUCAAGCUUACCGGUUCAUCCGUGGUGAGCGGCAUGGCCCUGGCCUGGCAGCAGAUGGCCGCCAUACUGAUCAAGAGGUUCCACCACAGCCGCAGAGACUGGAAGGGCCUGAUCGCCCAGAUCCUACUUCCUGUUCUGUUCAUGGUGUUUGCUAUGGGCCUGGGUUCCAUCAGGAGCGACCUGAGGCACUAUCCUGAGCUGGAGCUCAGUCCUGCACUUUACAACUUGGGACCAAGCUAUUCUUUCUUCAGUAACCAAAAUCCCAACUCCGCCCAGCUGAUGGACACCAUGUUGUCAUUCCCUGGGAUUGAUAACGCCUGCCUCGACAAGUCCGAUAACGCGGUUUGCACAACAAGCACAAACAACUGGAGUUCCAGUGGGAACAGCUCCAAAGCAUAUAGUGUCUGUAAAUGCACCAGUAAGGAACAGAUCUGUGAUGUAGACACCUAUCAGCCGCCCCAUAAGACGAUCCCUUCAUCUCAAAUUGUGUAUAACCUGAGUGGCAUCAAUGUGGAAAACUACCUGGUGGCCACAGCAAAUGACUUUAUCAGGAACAGGUAUGGAGGCUUUGAUUUUGGCAUGCCACUCCCUUCUGACUUUGAAAUGGGCCUCACAGCGGUUCCCAAAAACCGUACUCUGUCUAAGGUCUGGUACAACCCAGAAGGCCAACACACAAUGCCAGCAUACUUAAACAGCCUCAACAACCUUAUCCUACGUUCCAAUCUUGCAGCAGACAAGGAUCCACGUAAAUAUGCCAUUUCAGUUUCCAGUCACCCCUAUUUUGGUCGGCCGGAUGAUGAAGAUGCAGUUGUCCAGGGAAUUCUUCAUAUUCUCGUGGCCAUGUGUGUGCUGACGGGUUAUUCAAUCACAACAGCCAGCUUUGCCAUCUAUGAAGUCAGCGAACACCACAGCGGCUCCAAGAGGCUCCAGCACAUAUCUGGCAUCAGCGAGCCUUUCUACUGGGCUGUGAACUUCUUCUAUGACAUGGUCAUGUAUUUAAUUCCUGUGACCUUGACUGUUGGUGUGAUCGCAGCCUUCCAGAUUCCAGCAUUCACAGAUCGGCAAAAUUUGGGUGCUGUCGCCCUGCUUCUGGUACUCUUUGGAUUUGCUACCUUCCCCUGGAUGUAUCUGUUAUCAGGCGUCUUCAAAAAUGCGGAGAUGGCCUUCAUCGCCUACGUGUGCAUCAACCUCUUCAUCAGUAUCAACACCAUCAUGUCCACCUCCAUCCUACACUUUCUGGGUGAAAUUUCAAUGCGCAAAUCAGAGAUUGUCAAGGAGAUGUUCAGCAGGCUGAGCAACGCCUUCCUCAUCUUCCCCCAGUUCAAUUUUGGGAAUGGGCUGAUGAAGCUGGCCAGGAUGAACGUAGAGGUUCAGCUGCUCAGUGGCUAUGGCAUUGACGCCUAUCAGAACCCAUUCAACACAGAUGCCCUGGGCUGGAUGUUCAUCUCCUCCUUUAUCCUAGGCCUGGUCUUUUUCACCCUGCGCCUCCUGCUCAACAGGUUUCUCAUACGCAAAGUCAGAAAUCUGAUUUGUGGCAGAAAAACGAUGCCACUGGUGGCUUGUGAGGAACAGGAUGUGGAUGUGGCGACUGAGCAACAACGGGUGGCCAGUGGAGAAGCCAGCACAGACAUACUGCAGGUCAACCAGCUGACCAAGGUCUAUCAGCACCUCAAGAAGAAGGUCACUGCUGUCAAGAGUCUCUCUUUGGGCAUCCCUGCAGGAGAGUGCUUUGGUCUCCUGGGAGUGAACGGAGCAGGAAAAACCACCACCUUCAAGAUGCUGACCGGAGAUGUGAGCCCAACUGAUGGCACAGCACAGAUCAGGGACUGGGAUGGGUGCUUGGUCGACAUCAUGGAGUGCCGUAACAAGGGAAUUAACAUCGGCUACUGUCCCCAGGUGGAUGCGCUGGACAAUCUUCUCACCGGAAAAGAGCACUUGUACUUCUACGCUCGCAUUCGAGGCAUCUCAAAAAAGGAGAUAGACGGGGUGGUGACCUAUCUACUGAAGAGGCUGCAGCUGAGCUACCAUAAGGACAUCAUUACUGAUGGUUACAGUUGCGGCACCCGCAGGAAGCUCUCCACUGCGCUGGCUCUAGUUGGGCAUCCGCAAAUCCUGCUCCUGGAUGAGCCAAGCUCUGGCAUGGACCCUCGCACCAAGCGUCACCUGUGGAAAAUCAUCUCUGAUGAAGUGAAAGGAAAAUGUGCUGUGGUCCUCACCUCUCACAGCAUGGAGGAGUGUGAGGCACUGUGCAGCCGUCUUGCAAUCAUGGUGAAAGGUCAAUUCCGUUGCCUGGGCUCCCUACAGCACAUUAAGAACAGGUUCGGCAGCGGGUUCACUGUGAAGAUGUACUUGGCCGAGGCCUCCUGUGACGCAGAGGCAAUCACUGGCUUCAUGCGGCGCCAAUUCCCCACCACUUAUCUCAAGGACCAGCACUCCUCUAUGGUGGAGUACCAUGUACCGACUGCUCCUGGGGGUGUGGCUGACAUCUUUGACCAGCUGGAGUCCAACAAGAAUGCUCUGCAGAUCAAACACUUCUCUGUGAGCCAGACCACACUGGAUGAGGUCUUCAUCAACUUUGCCAUGGAUAAGAUUGGGAUGGAAUCCAUAUCACUUGACAGCGAAGAUGAAUGUGAUGACCUGGACUCCAUUAAGGCCGCAGAAACAUAGAGCGGACUGCCAUCUUUCCUUUACCAUUCUGUCUGUGUCCUUUAUAAAAUGAAGUACAUUAUAUGUUAAUUGUAGGCCUAAGUCUGCCCUUACUAUAUAUGUGAAAAAUAAGAGUUUAAGCCAUUAAUGUUAUCAAAAUACUGAUUUUGUUUUUAAAAUAUCUUGACUAAUCACAUUAAGGACUACUAUUAAUUAAAAGUAGAAGGGGAUGUGCACAAAUACUUGCACAUGGAACAUGUUGAUAUAUAUUGAAGUGUCUUAUUUAACACGUUUACCUUUAAUUCUCUGGAUCUUAAUAUUUAUGAACGAUAACAUGAUUCAUAUAGACUUUAACUUGUUCUCUGUGGGUGGGUCAAUGCUUACCAGAUUAUUAUAGCCAAGGGAAUGACAAAAAAACAAACACUGUAUUUUCUAUUUAGAAUAAGUUUCAUUUUGUUUAAACAUUGCAAAACAUGAUUUUACAUAAUCUUAAAGCACACACAUUAAACCAAAUGUUAUUUUUUAAUUUAAAAAAAGUCUGAAUUCUGACUUUUUAAGUAUAAAAAGAAAAGAAAGUCUGCAUUCUGAGAUUAAAGUCAUAAUCUUGAUUUUUUCUUCAGAAUUCUGACUUUAAUCUCAGAAUUCUUUAAACUCAGAACUCAUUUUUUUUUCAUAAAUGGCCCUAAUCCCCCUUCGUAUAUAUUUGUAUUAUUCUAAUAAAUCUAUUUUCAACACAACUGCUGUUUACUUGCCUAUUGUAGGCCUACAUGGUUUUCUUGUUCUAUGCUUUAAGCACCAGAUCACAUUCAAGAUUUGGAUUUUGCUUCUAUGUGAUAGUUGUAGACCUAAACCACUAACAUUCCAGCUCAUUUCUCAUGACUAUAUGACAAGUAUAAGCUUCUGUUUGGCAGUAAUUUGGGUUCUGUGUUCAGAAAUAAAGUAACUUUCGACUACG